GAAUUGACGUUCGAUUCAUAAUAAAACUUGAACCAAUACUUAAGGAAAUGGGUUUUCUAAAUGUAAAUUGUAUACAUAAACAUAUACCUUUUGGAAAAAUAGUAAUGCCCGACAUUUUAGGUAUCACUGUUGAAGAGUGGGAUAGUACAUAUGCUAAGAUAGAUAAAGAACGUAUUGAAAACCAAGAGUGCGAUGUUCAUUAUAUUAUCUUGGCUACUAAGGAUAAAAUUA